AGACUGUUCCGCGAAGGGAAUAGACCGAUUAAAAUAAUACGUAUAGUACACUUUUUUUUAUCAGGCUCAGCUUUAAUCGGACAUCGUUCACCAUAGAAACAGAUCGUGAUUUUUCUAUAACAAUUAUUAUUUCUUUAUAUGUUCAUAUAUGAUAUUGACGAUAUUAUAUUAUAUUAUAUCUAUAUUUUAUAAGUAAGUGAGAAAUAUUGUAGAUAUACAUAUACAUAUAUACAUAUCAUAUAUAUGUAUAUUUAUAUAUAUUUAUUUACUUAUUUUGUUUACAACCUACAAAUGAUAUUGUUCGAUUAAUUGACCAUUCGUUUAUCCGACCAAGAGUCCGAUUCCGUAGGAGCCGGUUAAAAGGAAGUAUACUCUUAAUAUUAAUAUUUAUUUUAUUACAAAGAUGUAAAUUCGAUAAAAAUAUAAAACGGCUAUAUAUGAACAUUUUGUAGGGAUAUACGCAAGUAUAUUUCAAAACAUUCAACAAUGUCUACUAUUGAACAAUUUAAAGAUUGAUUAUAAUAACAUCAUCAAAGCAUUCAACACAGAAUUAAAAUAAAUACCUAGUUGUUCUAGGUGUGCAAAAAUGCAAACUGCUAAAGAACUUUAUGUUGGAAAACAAUAUAAAGAAGCAUUAAAAGAAUAUAGUGAACUUAUUGAAUUAUAUCCAAAUAAACCAUUGCAUUAUGCAAAUAGAGCUGCAUGUUAUAUGAUGCUUGAUAAAUAUCCUUAUGCUUUGGAUGAUGCAAAAAAAUGUAUUGAAUUGGAUGAAAAAUUAUACAAAGCAUAUGUAAGAAUUAUAAAAUGUUGCCUGAUUUUGGGAGAUAUUAUUCAAGCUGAAACUACUUUAUCCAAGUUAUUAGAAAUUGAUCCUGAAAAUAAAGGAAUUACUACAGAGAAAAAAGACUUAGAAUAUGUGAAAAAGUUUCUUAAAGAUGCUGAUACUGCAUAUGCUGCUAAGGAUUAUCGUAAAGUUGUAUAUUGUAUGGAUCGUUGUUGUGAUGUGAGUACUCGUUGUACAAGUUUUAAAUUAAUCAAAGCAGAAUGUUUAGUAUUUUUGGGAAGAUACCAGGAAGCACAAGAGAUAGCAAAUGAUAUUUUGCAUAUUGAUAAACAAAAUGCAGAUGCUAUAUAUGUUCGUGCUAUGUGUCUGUAUUUCCAAGAUAAUAUUGACAGAGCUUUUACACAUUUUCAACAAGUACUUAGAUUGGCUCCAGAUCAUGCUAAAGCAUUAGAAAUAUAUAAACGAGCUAAAAAUUUAAAAAAGAAAAAAGAAGAAGGAAAUGCUGCUUAUGAAAAAGAACAAUACCAAAAAGCAUACAAAUUAUAUACAGAAGCCUUGACUAUAGAUCCUCAAAAUAUUGUAACAAACGCAAAACUUCAUUUUAAUAAAGCAACAGUUGCAGCAAAGUUAUCUCGAUUAAAUGAGUCAAUAAUAGAAUGCACAGAAGCAUUGAAAUUAGAUAAAAAUUAUCUUAAAGCUCUCAAGAGAAGAGCAGCUUCUUAUAUGGAAUUGAAAGAAUAUGAAAAAGCUGUUCAUGAUCUUGAGAAAGCAUGUAAAAUGGAUAAAAGUUGGGAUAACAAACGAUUAUUAAUGGAAGCCAAAAUGGCAUUAAAAAAAUCAAAGAGAAAAGAUUAUUAUGAGAUUUUAGGAAUAGAUAAAAAUGCAUCUACCGAUGAUAUUAAAAAAGCAUAUAGGAAACGAGCGAUGGUACAUCAUCCUGAUCGACAUCCUAAUGCAACAGAAGGAGAAAAAAAAGAACAAGAAAAAAAAUUUAAAGAAGUUGGAGAAGCCUAUGGGAUUCUUUCUGAUCCUAAAAAACGAUCACGCUAUGAUAGUGGACAUGAUAUUGAUGAUACUGAUGGAGGAUAUCAAGAUGUUGAUCCAAACGUAGUAUUUCAAACAUUCUUUAGUCAACAUGAUGGUUAUCAAUUCCGCACGGAUGGUUUUACUUUUCAUUUUGGUUAACAACAUUCCAAAAAUAUUUCUUUUUCUUCUACUAACUUAAUCUCUUAAAAAAUCGUUUUAUUUUAGAGAUGAAUAUAUUGGAUUUGUUUAUAAUGGCAGACAUAUACAUUAAAAACAUUUUCUAUUAAUUAGAUAAAUUCUAUUGAUCGUUAUAUCAUAUAGAAAGGAUAAAAAAGCAUAAAUUAAUUAAAAAGAAAAAUUAAUUAAUAAAUUAAUUUCUAUCAUAAUUUUUUUAAAGCAUCCAUAUAUAUUUAAGAAAUGCAAAGAAAA